AGAUAGGCGCAAUUAAAUGAUAAUGUUACUAGUGUUUCAACCAUCCAUGCCCCAGACAAUAAUAUGCAAGUUAAAUGAUCAAAUUUUAAAUCUUAUACUAAUUCAGCUGAGAAUCGAACCAAUUAAAGUAAUAAAUAUGUAAUAGCUUCCUCAGAAAAGGAAAGAUUUUGAACAAAAAGCACAUAUUAUAAUUCAUUUUCAUGCGCUUUUUGUUGUAGACAUACUAUACCAGGUAAAUGAGGAGGAAUCGGACUACGACUUUACUUAGAGUUAGCGAAUGCUUUUGGUUGCUAUUAUUUUGAAUCUAUGCUAUCUAUUCUGUAGGCCUACACAUGUUCUGAUCAUAUACCAACACUUGUCAAGGAAAAGGCAAGCCAUGUUUAAUUUCACAAACGUCAGCUGCACAGAGCACCAGCCGGCUCCAAGUGUGUUCAUGUAGGUAUAUGUAGUAACAUGUAGGAGAAAUCUGCUUUUACAAUAAUGAAGUAACCGUUGGUUAACAAAUAGACCUGUCCUGUAUUCCUGUAAUAGUGGAGAAUGCCCCAAAAUAACUCUCAUGAUUUCAGUUUCAGGUAUGCAGACGUGUUUAGAAAAUGUUUUAAAAAUAUAUGCCACCCAGCCCCUCUUUCCUUGCAACCCCACGAAGAAAACUAUUUAAUAAUUCUGUUUUCAAUAUUAUUAAUAAAGUUUGCGCUGAAAACUUCGAAUUCAGUUCACUGAGAGCGAGACGGAGGACAGCAACAGGCCAAAGGGGGAAAAAAGGCGUACUUCCGUUGACUUCGUGGCCAAUGGUGCCACUGUGAAAUGUGAAGCCAUAGGCUAAGCGGAAUAGUACAAAAGUGAAAAGCCAUGGGUAACAUUGAGGCACAUGACUUUGCUCCUGUGCGAGCAGAUGAGAGGAAAAUUCUGAACCUUAGUCGGAAAGUGACUCCGAAACAGUAUGUCAAGCAUUUGCAUGGGGAGGUCCACGAGGCCUGCCUGACAGAACUGCCGUGGAACAUCCGAGACUCUGUAUCACUGUACGAAGCCAUGACGGCCGCGUUCAACGCCCUCACUGAGAUCCCCGUGGAGUUGCCCCUCCGUCUGCCUCACCUGAGCCGAGUCGACCUUAGCCAUAACCAGUUACAGGGAUUGCCUGAGAGUUUCGGUCUUCUGUUCCACCUGAAGGAGAUUCAUCUCGAGCACAACAAACUCCACUCGCUGCCGGAAAGUUUUGUGCACCUGGUCAAACUGGAGAAGAUCGACCUGUCGUACAAUGAGUUGCGAUCUCUGCCAGAAGACAUCGGGGACAUGGAGCGUCUGGGUCGACUCAGCGUGGUGCACAACAAACUGAAACAACUACCUCUGUCUCUGGGCUGUCCCAGCUGUCCUGUACAUCUGCUCCUGGCUCAACAGAACCGCUUGGAGAGCCCCCCACAGGCAGUCUGUGAUGAGGGGUCAUCAUCCACACUCGAGUACCUCCGCAAACAAUACACCACCAACUACAACGAGAUCCCGUCUCGGCCCGCCACGCCUCUCAACCAGUUCCCCCGCUGCUGCAACAACAAGCUGGAACCUUCCGUGGCCAACCCGCACUCGGCACAAAUCCAGUACAUCCAGGAGCAGACGGACACGGCACACGUCACCAGCAGGAUCAAAGUUCCGUUAUUGCCCCCCUUAGAUGCAACGACACUCACUCCUUUCCAGCUGAGGGACAGGGUUAUAGGUCUGAUCUACGGAGCGGCCAUCGGGGAUGCGAUAGGUGUGGCAUGUCGGUGGAUGUCAGAUGACGAGUGCUCCUUCCACUACAACUUUGACGAUGACUUAAUCUACUCCAGAAUUGUCCAAGACGAGCACAGGGUGCUCUGGAGACAGGGGGACUGGACCUCCAACUUUGACCAAUUUGUGCUCGUUUUGGACUCUCUGGUCAACUGGGGGGGCGUGGUGGAUGAGCUGGAGUUUGGACGUCGGCUCUUGGCCUGGGUGGAGCGGGGCUUUCCAGACUUGGGCGACUCUGCUGGGGUUGUGACCAGUGAUACCAUUGCGCAGGCAGCACACCAUGAAAGUUUUACCAGAGAUCCACAUUGGACAUCAAGUGCCAUCUUAGAGAAAAAUAAAGUAACUCAAAACGGGGACCUGUCUAAUCACAUAUCAAGUCAUCAACCUGUAUCACCACACAUAGAGGCUGAGGCCACAGGGAGAGAUGGUGUUGCUAUAUCGCCGGCACACACAGACACUGAAGGGACGGGUACGGAUGCUGUUGCCACAGUGACGCUCACGAACGUGGAGGUGGCGGGAACGGAUAGUGUUGCUGGGAUGACGCUCACAAAUGCUGAGGUGACGGGAGGAGAUGGUGUUGUUAUGGCAACGAGAACUGACAGUGUUUCAAAGGACUCUCCGUCGUCUCCGUCAUCGUCCCAACAACACGUCCAGUUGAAGAGACUUUCGUCGACAUCCUCGUCUCUGCCCUCCCUGACGUUGUGUAGCCACACCGAGGUGGCCCAGAAGCUGGUCUACAUGGCGCCAUGCCGAGAGUUUGGUGUGGAUAACGGGGCAAUUGUCAGGACUGCCAUAUUAGGAGUUCCCAACUUCCAUGAGCUUCAUGAAGUAGAAGGCAACGCUGUGAGAAUCUGCCGGGCGACCCAUGCAGACAGGAAAUGUGUGGCCAGCUGUGUCCUUGUCUCGCUUCUCAUUGCCACCUUAUUACAGGGGCAGUUGGUUAUGGAGACAGAUGACCAGAAGAGAACGGUGAACGAAGAGCUCCUGGACAAACUGUUUCAACAGUCGGCGUCACACAUCACCGAUUCCUCGGACAAGGAGGAGUUUUUGUCUCUACGCAACUGCAAGUCUUUCUCAAAUUUUGAUGCAAGAGCAGCGUAUGCUGUGAGUCACACGUACACCCCACUGAAAGCUGCUCUCAUAGCACUAUAUUGGCCUGACGACUACAGAUCUUUCAUCACAGUGCUGACAAAGAUGGCCGGUGACAGCAACAGCAAUGCGUGUGUGGCAGGGGCGGUGCUGGGGGCCGUCAGGGGCUACUCGCUCUUAACCCCCUUGUGGCUCACGGAUUUACGCAAACGACAGGUCACCUGGCUCAACAAAAAGGUCAACCAUCUGCUGGACAUCAUGGGAGCUCCUUGACCGCUGGAUGAUGCGAGCAUAUCACAACAGGAGGGUAGGGG